UGGAUACCCCACAGCCAAACAACCCACUCCACAUCCUCCGAACACACCGACACGGACCUCCGAGGCACCUCGCAACUUGUUUAGCUGCAGCACACGUCCCCUUCCGUGCACCCACCCACCCACCGCCAGCCAAAACAGGCAACACUUUUAAAACAGCAUUUUUGUUUCGCCGAUUAUUUCGACCGUUUACUUAAGAGAAAUUAGCUAAAUAGCAAAUCAGCCCAUCUUCUACGUGCAAAAACAGCGUGCGGAGGACGGCCACAUCUCCGAUUGAAAACAAGUGGAUCUCUGUGGAUAAGAUCACCGGGCAGCCAUGGAAGAACUUACGGCUUUUGUAUCCAAAUCUUUUGACCAGAAAAGCAAAGAGAGCAGCAGCGGCAGUGGCAGCGGCAACAAGAAGGAGACCAUCACGUACAGGGAAGUUUUGGAGAGUGGGUUGGCUCGCUCUAGGGAGCUUGGAAACUCUGAUUCUAACCUGCAGGACAUGACCGAGAGCAGCAACCAUUGCCCGGUGCAUCUUUUCAAAGACCACGUAGAGAGCGACAAGGACAAACUGAAGGAGUUCAACACGGGCAGGACAGCGGAAGGGAUCUACGAAUGCAAAGAGAAGAGGGAAGAUGUGAAGUCAGAAGAUGAAGACGGACAGACCAAGCUUAAACAAAGGAGAAGCAGAACCAAUUUCACACUAGAGCAGCUGAACGAGCUGGAAAGACUUUUUGAUGAGACUCACUAUCCGGAUGCCUUCAUGCGGGAGGAACUAAGCCAGAGGCUGGGACUAUCUGAAGCUAGGGUUCAGGUCUGGUUCCAGAACAGGAGAGCAAAGUGCCGAAAGCAGGAAAACCAGAUGCACAAAGGUGUGAUCCUGGGAACCGCCAGCCAUUUAGACGCCUGCAGAGUAGCCCCCUAUGUGAAUAUGGGAGCCCUGAGGAUGCCUUUCCAACAGGUCCAGGCGCAGCUGCAGCUGGAGGGCGUGGCCCACGCGCACCCGCACCUGCACCCGCACCUGGCGGCCCACGCGCCCUACCUGAUGUUCCCGCCGCCGCCCUUCGGGCUGCCCAUCGCCUCCCUGGCGGAGUCCGCCUCCGCCGCCGCCGUGGUGGCCGCCGCCGCCAAGAGCAACAGCAAGAACUCCAGCAUCGCCGACCUGCGGCUGAAGGCCCGGAAGCACGCCGAGGCCCUGGGGCUCUGACACGCUUGCCCCGAGCCCCCCAUCACACCCCGCCCCGGGUGCCCGCGGCGGGCGGGCGUGUGACCCGCACGGACCGCCGCUCUGCCCCUCCGCUCCUCCUCAUCCUCCUCCCCCCUGGCUGCAGGGCGAGCAGCGAGCGCUUCCGGCCGCCCUGCCGCCGUAUCUCUUUUUUGGUUUAUUUUAUUUUUUUGUUUUGUUUUUAUUUCUUUCCCCUUCCCCGAGGUCUGCGAGCGCCGCUUCGCUGGCCCGGCCGGCCCCAGGGACUCGGCGGCCGGGAGGUGCCGCGUGGCGCUGUGGGGACGCUCCGCCCGCCGCGGGGCCUCGGACACAACACACGCCAGCAGCAAACACGCACCCGCCAGUCAGAGACUCCUCGGAGGACAAAGUAGGUGGGAGGAAAGAGAAAAGAGAGUUAAAAAAAAUCACAAAAAGAGGAAAAAAAAAAAAAAAAAGGAAACGAUCUCUAAAUUAUGUUAAUCUGUGAACAUUGGGGACACUUUGGAUUUUUGACCCUGGCAAAAGUGAUCGCUCCGGCAUAACGUCAUCUGCUGCUGUCAGUUUUGCUACCUUGUGCAUGUGUCAAACUAAACACGUUUUGAAGAUCAGAAAUAUAUUAGAACAAAACUAAACAAAACAAAUAGUAAUAAUAAUAAAUAAUAAAUCCUUGGGGCUGGUCUCCAUUAAAGAUGACAUUUCUUUGUUGCCAACAGUAUUAUUUCACUGCCAUGAAUCUCUUCCAUCACUGAGGAGCUGCUGCUGCUGCAGAACUGGUUUGAAUUUAAAUGUGGAAUUUCAGAUCUGAGGCAAGGCAGAGUUUUAUUUUCCUUCUUUUCUUUCCUAAAAAAAAAAAGAGCAGCAAUAACAAAAAAGUGUGUCUCAAAUGGCUUUGUCCUUUGAAAGGAGAAAAAAAAAGAGA